UUUGGAGGUGUGGUCCAUCUGGUGUGCUGGUGUAUGAGGCAGACGAUUCGUGCUACCCUCUGGACAACGAUACCUAACUAUUAUGUUCUGCUGUUACAUUAUUUUGGAUUAUUAUGUAUUGUACAGUAGGACAGUUAGUGCUGUGUUUGUGUUUUACUUAGAAAUGGAAAACUCUCAUGAUUUGUCUUCACUACACUUUUCACCAACAGUCAUGCAUGAAUCCACACACACAUUUUAUGCACCACAAAAUAUUUACGACAGUGUUUUAACUGCGUUACGUUUGGUGCAAGCUGCCAUUGUUCCGUGAGCCACGCCCAACAUUUUUGCACAUGCGCACUUCACUUAUUGUCGAUGGAUAUUGAUCAGGGAAAAUUUCCCAUUCAUUAUCAGAUUCACCAUAUACAGUAUGCUUACACAUUGCGAUUCAUUCGUCUGAAAGAUAUUUGUUAGCCCAGUAAACAGUUCAGAAAAUCCAAGAAAGAAGCAUCUCAUCCCUACUAAACGUGACAACCAAUCAAAGAUAAAGGUAUGCUACUUGUCAAAUUUGCAUGUUUUGUUGCAAUAGCUAUUUAUUCGGCGUUCGAACAAGCGCUACAUGUUAGUGAGUGUGUAUACACAGGAACAAGAAAAGGUAUUAGCCAGCUUUCUUCAGUCAUCUAUAGUGUGGCUAAUCCAUGUGCUAACGCCAACGCAAAUCUUACACAUCUUUCAGCGAACUUUCACACCACGGUGAGCACUAAAUAGAGAAAGACGGAGUGCACCUCCUCGCCCUGCUGCUGUUCCGGAAAGCCUAGCACCUCGAGGAGUUUGUCACAAGCAAAGAAGACGGAAUAAAGACUUUUCUACUAAGACUGAUACUAAGAAUCGCUAGACAACGAACCAAGCCGCACUUCUUUGGCAAAUAGCCCCGCCCGACAACGGCCCAAUUUUGGCAUGGAUAUGACGAACAAUUCGACCCGGAAGCCCUCGUGGAAAGAGCGACUGACGACCGUCUCGAAGGUCUUUGGCGUUGGAGGCACCACGAAUUGGCAGAGCCCCACGGAGAAGGCGCGGGUGAACGGCCGUAAGCAGCACGGAGGAGAGAGGGAGAGAAGAGAGAGACGAAACGCUCUGCUGUUGCUUCGAGGAGGAGAAGAAGAACAGGGGUCGGUCAGCGAGAAGUGGUGCGUGUUGGACGCGGACGGAAGUGAUUUAUCGUUCGUUGCGGUUUCUAGUGGCGGUAGUAUCGCUGACCAAGAAGGAAUUGUGUACACGGCGGAAGACGUUUUCUACACGAGCUCUGAAGAAGCGGGCGUCAUGGAGCACACGGACGGACUGCUGGACAGGUUCAGGGGCGCCAAGAAAGCCGACAAAGUGGACGGGAGUGGCAGCGGGAAGAGCAGUCCGGCAGCGGGUGCUUCUCCUCCAUCUACCGGGAUCGGGUCGCGGAAAUCUUCCUUCGGCUCGCGGUUGCGCCCGGACGGGAACAAGGUGACGCGCCCGGGGAGCCCGCAGCCGCUACAGAGACGCUCCAGCGGCCGGGGACGCUCGAAGCUGGACGCACAGGGACACGACACUCUAGCCGUGGCCGCGAACGGAGACGGUUCUCCACGCAGCGUCUCCCCGACUCGAUCCUCGCGUCGGAAACUCAGCCACGGUGGAAGCAACCCGCCUAGUCGUAACGAGUCUCCCAACCUCUCCGAGCCGCGGAAGAUGUCGGGACACGAAGCACACAGCGGACUUCACGUAAAGCAUCAUCACCAAAACGGCAAAAACAGCCGCGGCGGUUCUCCCACCGGCUCUCCUUCGCCUGGCGGUGAAUCUGCCUUCUCUAAAGUCCGCGACACCCUCAAAAUCAGCAAAGCAAAGAAGAAACUAAGGAAAAAUAAGAAGGGCUCGGCUUAUUCAGUCGACCCGGUGGAAAUAAACUUCCCUGCUACCAAGUAUCAAGACCCGUUUGAGACCCACCCGAGCUACACGGACAGUUUGGAGGUGGCGUCGAAAGCGCAAAGCCACGAUUUCAGGCCAGUUUCGAUCCCCCACAACAAGCCGGAGUACUGCGAC